AUGUCUGCUAUUGAAACUUUAGAUUUUAAUAUUAAACAUCAAGGGAAACUAUACCCAAUAUCUAUACCAUCCAAGACCACAACUGCUCUUGAACUAAAGACUCAGGCGGAAGAGUUAACUCAAGUACCUAUAUCUCGUCAAAAAUAUAUGGUUAAAGGAGGUCUUUCAAAUGACUCGAUGACAGAUUUGGAUUCAGUUAUUAAACCUAAUUCCACUAUAAUGAUGCUAGGGACUCCUGAUGCUAAUUUGAUUACCAAACCAAAAUCUCAAAAUCAUUUCAUUGAAGAUUUGUCACCUGAUCAACAAUUGCAAAAAAUGGAUUCCACACCUAUUGGAUUCCAAAACAUGGGGAAUACUUGUUAUAUGAACGCCACGUUACAAGCUCUUUAUAGAACUGAUGAUAUUAGACAAAUGAUCCUAGAUUAUAAACCUCCUGCACAAUCAUCUACAUAUAACCCAGAGGAUGAAAUGCAUCAUAAGAUUGUAUUAGAAAUUAAACGUUGUUUUGAAAAUUUAGAGAAAAAAAACUUCAAAUCAGUCAUGCCAAUGAUGCUUUUAACAGUCCUUAGAAAAUGUUACCCACAAUUCGCAGAACGUGAUCCUCGAGGAGGGUUUUACAAACAACAAGAUGCAGAAGAAUUAUUUACUCAAUUGUUUCAUACUUUUAGCAUUGUCUUUGGUGAUAAAUUUAGUAAUGAUUUUACCAUACUAUUCAAGACCACAAUUAAAGAUACUAAUAAUGAAGAUGAUGUUCAAAUUAAAACAGAUGAAAAUGAUUUGAAAUUGCAAUGUCAUAUAUCAAGUUCCACCAAUUUCAUGAAGAAUGGGUUGAUUGAAUCUAUGCAUGAAAGUAUUGAGAAAAGAUCUGAAAUAACAGGUGUAAAUUCAACUUAUUCUGUAGAUAAACAAAUUACUAAAUUACCUAAAUUUUUAACAGUUCAAUAUGUUAGAUUUUAUUGGAAAAGAUCUACUGGUAAGAAAUCAAAGAUUUUACGUAAAGUUGUCUUCCCAUUCCAAUUGGAUCUUUCUGAUAUGUUAACUCCUGAAUAUCAACAAGAAAAGAUUAAAGUACGUGAUGCAAUGAGACAAGUGGAAAAAAAUAAAUUAGAAAAGGAACGUGAAUUGAAGAAAAGAAAAUUAAGUCCAACUGCACGUUCUACUAAUGAAUUAAUGACACCAAGAGAAGAAGCAGAAACUGAAAAGGCCAUUGAAGAAAGUGAGAAGGAAUAUUGGUUAAAUGAAUAUGCUAAAUGUUUCCCUAAGGAUUUACGACAGGGGGAAAAUCCAUCAUGUGUUUAUAAUUUGAUUGGGAUUAUAACACAUCAAGGUGCAAAUUCUGAAUCGGGACAUUAUCAAGCUUUCAUGAGAGAUGAAAAUGAUGAAAAUAAAUGGUAUAAAUUUAAUGAUGAUAAAGUUACUGUUGUAGAGAAGGAAAAAAUUGAAGCUUUAGCUGGUGGUGGUGAAAGUGAUAGCGCUUUGAUUUUAAUGUACAAGGGACUGGGUUUGUAG